GAAACCAUUUAGUUCUUCCAAGAUAUUGUCACAAAUACAACGACUGUUAAUUUUUAUUGUUCUACCCAAAAAUGGCUGCUUUUAGUACUGUAAAAUUUUUGAUGUCACUCUUAAUAAUAUCCUCAUUAUCUGCUGUGCAAUGUUGUGAAAAAAUCACAUUCGUCAACAGCAUUGCUGCGGCAUCUCUGAGUUCAACACCUACUCCAGAAGAUGUUCUCCCGAUAACGACGAUAAACGGCUGCUUGGAACCAGGAAGCGGACUCGAAGAAGCUGUCAGGAUUGCCAUCAUGAACUCCUCGGUGCCCAUACUGUAUCCCGAAGCCGUCAAAGACUUGGCCAAACUCGAAGUGUUGAACCUGGACUUCAACGGAAUCAAAGAAAUCACACCUGGCGCUUUCCAAAAUCUACCAUCGCUGAAAGCAUUGACUCUGGUCGGAAACAAAAUUAAAAUGAUUCCUGCAGGAAUAUUCAAUGGGCUUACUGUGUCCUUCUUAAGUCUGAGCAACAACAGUAUUAGCGUUAUAGACCCUGCAGCGUUUGAUAACAUGCCAAACCUGAGGACUAUUGAAACGGAGUUCAACAAGAUCUCCACGUGGAGCCCCAGCUGGUUCACCAACUCCCCCAACAUUGUAACCGUGUCUUUUGCUCACAACAAAAUUGCGUCCCUACCGGGAAACGCCUUCGCAAACCUUAAGGGCACCCAUGAGUUAGACGGUUAUCCGGUUGGCACCGCAAUCAAUCUUUCCAACAACAAAAUAUCCAUGAUUGACUCUCUGGCGUUCCAAGGGAUGGGACAGAUUGGUUAUUUGGAUCUCCAUAAAAAUUCUAUCAAAAUGCUUCCCACACACGUUUUCUCGUCUUUGUCAACAGUUGGAACGCUUAUUCUCGAUGAGAAUAAAUUGGAUUGUUUGAGUGAAGAUUUCCUCAACAGUUUACCACCUGUUAACUACAUUUCGGCCAACGGAAAUUCCUGGAACUGCACUUGUUUAGACGCGGUCAAAUCCUGGUCAAAAAUGCACGGAGGAAUUAUCAAUGUCCAAAUCGACGAUAUGAAUUGUGCGACAAAGAAGAUGAAGGGAAUCUUGGAUUUUGUACAAAACAUGAAAGAUAUGAAAACUAAAUUUGCUUCCAUGAAGUUCCAAGCUCUCGAAAACGCCACUGCUGGUGGUACAAUGGUCCCAUAAUACGUAUUGUUUUCACGGUAUUACUUUAAUUACUUUUGGUUUAUAUGUAAUUAAAACACUCGCUAAAUUGUUAUUAAAUGAGGUUUCCUAUUAAUUUU